GCACACAUCAAGGGCAGCGGUGCAUCAAGAGCAUUCAGAGUAAGUGAAGAGUCUGACUCCUGCAGAUAGUAUAGCCUACUCGAAGAAGAAUGUCUAAAAGGAAGUCCAUGAUGCAGGAGGAUAGCAGCUACCUGUCCCAGCACUAUGAGGAGCAGGUGCGGCCUUGCAUUGACCUGGUGGACUCCCUGAGGUCUCUGGGAGUGGAGCAGGACCUGGCUCUGCCUGCCAUCGCUGUCAUAGGCGACCAGAGCUCAGGGAAGAGCUCAGUGCUGGAAGCCCUCUCUGGGGUGGCACUGCCCAGGGGCACAGGUAUUGUGACACGCUGCCCACUGGUGCUGAAGUUGAAGAGAGUCAGCAAUGGCACUGCUUGGUCUGGGCUGCUUUCAUACCAGAAAGACUUCAGGCUCUUCAAACAGGAGCUCAAGAACCCAGCAGAAGUGGGGGAUGCUGUCGUCAAAGCCCAGAAUGCUCUGGCAGGUGAGGGGAAAGACAUCAGCCAUAACAUGAUCAACUUGGAGAUCCAUGGCACCAACGUUCCUGAUCUGACUCUCAUCGAUCUGCCAGGCAUUGCUAGAGUUGCCACGGGCAACCAGUCCCAUGACAUCGAGGAACAGAUUAAGAGACUGAUACAGACAUUCAUCAAAAAGCAAGAGACCAUCAGUUUGGUUGUGGUGCCUGCAAAUGUUGACAUUGCCACCACCGAGGCUCUGAAAAUGGCUAAAACAGUGGACCCAGAUGGGCAAAGGACUCUGGGCAUCCUGACAAAACCAGACCUGGUGGACAAAGGUGCAGAGGAGGGCGUAGUGAACACGCUCAGAAACGAAGUCAUCCCACUCAAGAAAGGAUACAUGGUGGUGAAAUGUCGAGGCCAACUAGACAUCAAUGACAACAUGUCUCUGACCAAAGCCCUGGACAAAGAGAAAAAGUUUUUCGUGGAUCACUCCCACUUCCGCAUUUUCCUAGAUGAAGGACAAGCCUCUAUUCCACAUCUGUCACAGAGAUUAACCAAGGAGUUGGUAUACCACAUCAAUAGAUCCCUUCCCAAGUUGGAGAAACAGGUGAGGGACAAACUGGAGCAGACAAAUACACAGCUGAUAAAUCUGGGGAAAGGAGUCCCUCAAGACGAAGCUGAAAGACUUAACUUUCUAAUCGAGAAAAUUAACAGAUUCAACCAGGCUCUAACGGACAUGGCCAGGGCUGAGGAGGAGAUUGGUGACUCACAGUCUCGCGUUUUCACGAAAAUCCGAAAACAGUUCAGUGGUUGGAAGCAAACACUAGACAAAAAAGCAACCCUGUUAGGGGAGCAUUUGCGUGAUGAGGUGGAUGAAUUCAGAUCACAGAGGGGUAAAGAGCUGCCUGGUUUCGUGAGCUACAGAACAUUCGAGGGCAUCGUGAAACGACACGUGGAAGAACUGGAGGAGCCAGCCAAAGAGCUUCUUCAAAAUACUACUGAGAUCAUUUCCACUGCUGUGAACGAUACCAGCAAGAGCUUCUUUGAGGCGUUUCCCAAUCUGAUGAGGGCGGCCAAGGAUCCUCUGGAGGACCUGAGAGAUCAGGAGUAUGAGAAGGCGGAGGAGAGACUGGCGUCACAGUUCAAGAUGGAGAGAAUCAUCUACUCCCAAGACGGCCUUUACAGUCACCAGUUACAAACUGUGAAGUCCAACCCUUUUCCUAAACACUUCAAAAACGCUGACGUCAGAGAGAUGACUUACCAUCUUAAUGCCUACUUUGCGAUCACGUCAGAGCGCCUGGCCAAUCAGGUGCCCCUGGUUGUGCAGUACCACAUGCUGGAAGAGUACACCACCAGGGUAAAGGCAGCCAUGCUGAGUCUGAUACGACACAAAGACGCCGACAGCUUCAUCCAAGAGAAGAGCGACAUUGCCAAGAAGAGGAGUUAUCUGCUGGGCAGAAUGGAACGUCUCAGGAAGGCACGCCAGGUUCUGGCCAAGUCUGUGCUCACUACUUAGGUGUCAGAGGGGUUUUAGACCAUGUAAACAGGUUGCAGUUACUGAGUGUCAAUGUUUACGCAGCAGGUAUAACUGCCAUGUCAUCUUUAUACUUUUUGUGUGUCUCAGGUUUCUAUUUUAUAUUUUAUUGAGUAAAUGAGGAUUAGACAACUUAAAUAAAGAAAGCAUACUAUAGGCUAUAGUAAAGUAGGAGUGAGUUAGUUGAAAUACUAUAUUUGCUUUUAAAGACACCACACAAGAUUUUGUGCAAACAUACUCAGACAGAUAUGAUGCAUUCCAGACUGCAAAAUGUAUUUUAGCCGGCUUGCAAACUAUUUAUUCUAGCAUACUCUCUAAGAACAAAUCUUAUUACAGAAUUUAGGGUUAAUAUUGUAUUAUUACUUACAAUGUCAUGACUGAUUUCUUCAGUUGGCUGUGUUUUGUAUAUUCUGUAGCCUUUUGUGCAAAAUAAAAAGAGCUAUAA